UAGAAUGCAAUAUUUUUUUAUCAAACAUCAAACCUGAUGAAUUAUCUUUCCUCCUGCAGUUAAACACACUUCUAAAUGAAGCUGGUGCAGAACCAUUCAAACCCCAGAGCUCUUUCUUCACGAGUUCAGGAAACCAGGUUAAUGGUAACAUGACGUACCACUUCCAAGAUGGAGACACCAAAACACCAGCAGCUUUCCUGAAUGAGCUUAAAGCACAAAGUACACCUAUAUUGGUGAAUGUCGUGAUAUAUAUUCGACUAGUGUUUAAGAACUUGACGAGAGUACCUAGUGAGGCUGAUGUUCUCAGUGCUGCUAAUGCUUUAUUGGACUCAAAUGUUAGAACAGUGCGAGCUAUUUCACCAAACAAACUGAAUGACCCUGUGAGCAUACAGAACAUCACUUAUCAGAACAUUGGCAACAACUCAUACAUUAUUAGCUUUGGAUUCCAAAUUAGCAAUGUGAACAUUUCCCAGGACAUCCAGCUAAGGAAUGAAACCUAUGAUUUAAUUCAAACCACCAUCAACAACUUGCUGAACACUAUUUUGACUGAUAAAACUGCUACUCCUUUUGUCUUCGAACGAGCAAACUUAACGUUUAAUGGUACAUAUAUUGUGGCUAAUACAGAACAGGUUUUUGUGGAAGGUGACACAAAGUGGACACCAAAUGGAUUUCUGUUUGCAAUACUCAAUAUUAGCGGUUUGUCGAUUGUCACCACUCCUGCUGCUUUAACAGAACCCCCUGUCCAUGUAGUUCUGAGGCCCACAGUCCAAGCUCAGAACACCACCACUGGUGGAAGUUCUGCAUGGAUCCUGGGCAUCAUUAUCCCCUGCAGUAUAGUCAUUAUUCUCAUUCCCUGCUGGAUUCUACUCUGUUGUCUCCUGUGUGGCUGCUGUGCUGGUUUAAAGAGGCGCUUCAACAGAAGGCAGUCCUACAAUAUGCACCACACAAUGCACAAUGAAUACACAACUCACAACACACUCUAUUAAAAACAGAUUGAUUGUAAAUUAAGCUUACAAAAAUGAUUUGUAACCACAUCUGUUUCAGUACAUGUUUUCAAUGUAUUUAUUUAGUUUUUUUUAUUG